CGACGAAAAGCGUGCUAUCCUCGCGAUCCCGCGGGCGGGCGGAGGGAAGGGAUCGUCAUCUCGGUUCGCAUCAAGAACCGGAUAAACGAGACGGAUUGUCGAUCGGUCAAGUCGGGCUCGCUCAUGCCGCCGAUGAAUCAAAUGCACCUUGCAGCUAAAAAGCGCAGUCGAAAGAUGGAAAUCCUCGCGGCGGCGGAGGGGAGUGCAUCGUUUCCCUCACCCCCUGGGCAGGAUAGUUCGGUACUAUUUUGACACGCUAUAGCGGAGUCGGUGUGGUCAGUUCGGCUCUCAGUACGGAGCGAGUCGCAUCGCGAUGCUGUGCGGACAUUUGACAUCUGCGACAAUAUUCGACAAAGUUUUUCGCCUCCGUCCGCACUCUUGAAUUCCCGUAGAACGUAAUCCGUAGCGCGCCGCGACCCAGGUGGACGGUGUAAUACGUGGGAGCCAGGCACCCGCAGAACUAUAAAGCGACGUUAUUAUUCCCGUUCGCGUUCUGUCGCGUUUAACAGUGUGCCCAGAGAAAACUAGGCGAGAGGAGACCGAAAGACGACGAGAGCCAACGGGGGUCCGAUUCUCCUCGAGUUUCUUGUGCCCGCAGUUACAGUUCCGUGCAGUUGUUUGUGCCCGUUCUUCCUGAUCUUUUCGUUUAUCCUCCUUGCCGUCUCGGCAACGCCGACUGCGAGUUUCUUGCUCGGCUUUUUAGCGAGAACGGAACCCCGGCCGUGAAAUAGGCGAUUCAAAAGUGAUCCAAUUUUUUUCCUAAAAUUUUCUAACGCCACGUUCGGAUUCGCCGAUCCUCCACCUGUUGGAAAAUGCGUCGGUGCGUGCGAUCCGACCACUUCGUGUUCAGUGAAUGAACGAAUUUUCCUUCGUUUUUUUCUUUUCAUACUUUGACAUGUGUCGGUGCGUCGACGUGUCGAGAACAAUAGUGAAAAAAAAUUGCACCUCAAACGUACAGGAUUACGUUCAGUUUCCUAUUAUGGAUCACCCGCACUCGGAUUACGCAUCGAUAGUUUUCCGGUAAACGAAACGGACUCCUAUCCAAGGAUUCCAAAUCUCGCCUUGAAGGGGGCCGAGAAACGAGAAACGAGGGACGAGGGUGCAUCGAAGAAUAGUACACGAAAAGGCAGGAAGAAGGCGACGGCGUUGCCUUGGUAACCGAUGUCCAGGGGCGCGCAAUGGCCGGGGCGCUUUCAGAGAACGGCCCGCGGCCCGUCAGUGUCAUCGCUGUCGACGGUACAGAAACUCAACAACAUCAACAACAACAACUACCACAACAACAACAACUGAAUCGAGCUCCUCUACAUCACCACCAUCGUAACCAGGAGCAGCAGCAGCAGCAGCAGAACAGUAGCAACGAUGUUUCCAGCAGAUCGUUUAUCUCGACGGAGGCACAAACUGAGAGUACAACCUGCGGUCAGAUUUCUUGUUCACAAAAUUUGCCACAAACUAAUUCGGUAGCGUUGGUAUCCGCUGUGCCAGUAACGGGGGGGUCUCCCGGACCUCUGGAGAGCAACACAGCCCGUCUGGUCGAAAACGAGGAGACGAGGGACGCCAGGAGACGGGAAAGGAGGUUAAGACGACAGCAUCGAAGGGCCAUGAGGUCCUGCUCGGUGCCACCCUCGUACGCAGGUGGACCCUGCGGCGUCGGCCCCGCCGUAGCUCCCUCGGGAGUCCCUAUCGUUCCUCCGGGUGGCAACUUUCUUCAUCCACCUCCUCCGCACCUGGGACUCAGAGGGCUCGGCGGACUCGGCGGCCUCAGUGGCCUCAGCCUCGGGCUGCCUUUUCCUGUGCCCACGAGUGUCUCAGCUUUUGGAAGGGAUUCCGUGCCGAAGCAGUGCUGCGGACUCGGAUCUCCACCGGUACGUUGGUCCAUUCUCGGAGUGGGAGUUGUGGGCCUAGUUUGCGCCGGUGCAGGGGCCUUACUUGGGGCAUUACGGGCCACCGGUCGCGACCACAUCGCCGUCGCCCUGCUGAUGAUCGGUAUCGGCGUGGUACUAGUGACCGUCAGUGCGGUGGCAUGGCGAGUCACCAGCAGGGAACAUUGCGGCAGUUUCUUCGGGUUCACGGGAAUAUCGGGAAGAAUACCACCGGCUAGGCCCAUCCACCCCUACGCCGCCAUGAUCUAUCCAGAGUUUCAAUUCAGGCCGCCGCCCCCGAGCUAUCAGGCGAGUAUGCAGGAGUAUCGUUUGAGGCUUCUGCUGCUGGACAGAUUGCAGCCAACUUCAUCGCCACCACCGACUUACCGAUCGAACGCUGGAAGUGUAGCCGCUCCCGGUGGAACGACCAGGGAAAGUAGACCUCCUAGUUAUUGCGGACGACCCAACCUAACGGCGAGUACGAACCUGCAGGUGCCAUCUUCCAACAAAAAGGAUGCGAAUCUCGUCAGAAUCGUCCAGACGGAAUCCGAACCCGUCAUCCUCAGCGGGGACCAAACUCCCCCCGUGACCGCUGUCGAGGUUCUGGCCCAUCUUUGAAAAUUUUAUCAUUAUCAUCAUUAUUAUGAUUAUUAUUAUUAUCGUCUUCCUCGUCGCGAUUCGUCGAUUUUCACUUUCCCCGAUCGACGCCAACGGCGACAAGGAAUAAAGAGAAAAAGGAAAAGACGACGUCGCUAUUGUUAUUGUUUCAAUUCACGUUUCGGUGAAAAAAACAAACAAGCGAACAAAAAAAACAGGAAUGGAACGAAAAAUUAUUUUUUUUCUCUUCCAAUUUUCCCAUUUCCAAUGAUAAAUUGACCCGAGGAUAUUCGGGAUAUUUUUGUACAGUUUUUGGUUCUCCUCAGAUUCGUAAAUUGAAAAUAAAAAAAAAAAUAAACAAAACAAGAACAAAACAAAAAAUGAAAUCGAAAGAGAAGAAGAAGUAAAAAAAAUAAAGAAAAUGAUAAAGAAAAAACAAACUUGCGAUUGCAAAAGAGGAAUUGAAUAAGUGCGCGAUAUUUAUAUACAUAUAUACAUACACAUAUAUAUAUAUGUAAUAAAAAUUAAUUAAUGCGUUCGCAGUAGCCGGCAAUGAAUUCCUAUACAUAUAUGUAUAAUGUGAGUAACGACAGUAUUGUACGAGUUUCUAGUGAUUCGAUUGACCUCGUACUAUAGACGGUGUACAUAAAACUAUAUGUAUAAUAACAUUAGACAAAAAGUACAUAGGCUAUAUUUUAUGUAUAAAAAAACACACACACACAAAACUCCACGUGAGUUUCCAUUAAUAUUUAUAUGCUUAUACACAUUUAUACAUACCUAUGUAGGAACAAUUAUGUGUUAUACUUUUAAAUGCUCGUAUAAGGUGAUCAUUUUAUGGACUUUUUAUGUACCUAUAUACAUACAUAUACAUACAUAACGCAUACCGGUAUGUGAUAGCGUAACGAUCAUUUUCGUUAGAGGUGACGAGACCUCGGAAUUUUGUUUUUUUUUUCGUUUUCGUUUUUAUUUUUUUUCUUGGGCGUUUUUUUUUCCCGGUUUUGCGGAUCGAAAAAUGUCUUAAGAGCGGGACCCUGACUUCCGGUCGUACGAAAAAUUCGUAUCGUUGAUUCAACGAUAAUAAUAAUGAUAAUAUUUUAUCCUUCGUUCUCAAAAUCGAAGAGAAUGAAGAAGGAAAGAAAAUAGCCGAACAAAAUAAGAGUAAAAUAAUGCUGUACACGCUUGCAUAGGUAUACAUAUGUAUUGAUACAAGAAAAUAUGAAUUGCAAUAUAUAUAUAUAUAUAUAUAUACUAUUUUUACAUUUAUCUUAAGAGUAAUUGUUAGAUGUAUAUUGUAUUAUGAUUAAAAGUAAACAUAUGAGUACCUAUAUACUUAUAUAUAUAUAUUUAUGUAAUAAGCGCGCGGAAUAUACAUAACUAUAGAAAAAAAAAAUUUAAUUUAUAUACCUAAAUAUUUACAUAUAAUACGGAUAGUAUGUAUAAGAGUUAAGGACACGUAAUAAUUAACGAACUCGAAAGAGAUAUACCUGAAUGGAAUAGAAAAAAAUAAAAAAAAAGAGAAAAUGAACGAGAAAUAAUAAUAAAACUUGGAAAAAAGAAAGACAAA